AAAUUGGUAAACAUCUUCAAAAACCCACUCGAGAAUUAAACACAAAUUAACCCAUGAGUAUCCAAAAUCAUUUUCUUUCCCUCUGUCUCUUCCUGCUAACAUUUCUGGCCGCGGGUCCAUUACGUCGGAUCCUGUCCCAGGCCGCCAGAGGCGGCAACUGGGCCUUGCUAAGGCCCAACAUUGGCAUCUCUGCCAUGCACAUGCAACUCCUCAACAACGACCGGGUUGUAAUCUUCGACCGAACCAGCACGGGAAGAUCCAACAUAUCUUUACCCAGCGGAAAAUGUCGGGUCAACCCACACGACGCCGCAUUGACGACUGAUUGCACUGCCCACUCGGUCGAAUACGACGUCGCAUCAAAUAGUGUUCGUCCACUCAGAGUCCUCACCGACGUAUGGUGCUCCUCCGGGGCUCUAAUGCCCGACGGCCGUCUGAUCCAGACGGGUGGGUUCAACGACGGCGAUCAUGCGGUCAGGAUCUUCCGUCCAUGUAAUGGGUCUGAUUGGGAAGAAAUCAAAUUUGGUUUGACUCAUACAAGAUGGUACGCCACCAAUCAGAUACUGCCAGAUGGACGGCAGAUUAUUGUAGGCGGCCGCAGGCAAUUUAAUUACGAGUUUUACCCCAAGACGGGGGCUACGAUAUCUUUUAAUUUACCCUUCCUGUUAUAUACAAAGGACCAAAAAGAAGUGGAAAAUAACUUAUACCCAUUUGUUUUCCUAAACAUAGAUGGGAAUUUGUUUAUUUUCGCGAAUAAUCGAGCGAUUUUGUUCAAUUAUUUAAACGACGUCGUUGUGAAACAGUACCCGCAAAUACCAGACGGGAACCCGAGGAAUUACCCGAGCACUGGAUCAGCUGCUCUGCUUCCUUUGAAACUAAUGCAAGGAAAAGCAUUUUUUGGAGCUGAGGUUCUGGUGUGCGGGGGUGCACCGAAAGGAUCGUACAUCAGCGCGACAAACUACGGAAAAUUCAUCGCAGCCUUGAACACUUGCGGGAGGUUGAAAAUAACCGACCCGUCACCCGAUUGGGUCAUGGAGACCAUGCCUAUGGCUCGGGUCAUGGGCGACAUGCUGUUACUUCCAAAUGGCAAUGUUUUGAUUAUCAACGGCGGGUCAGCAGGGACAGCGGGUUGGGAACUUGCUAGGAACCCGGUUUUAAACCCGGUUGUUUACCGACCCAAGAACCCAAUUGGGUCUCGGUUUGAACGUCAGAACCCAAGUUCCACGCCCCGCAUGUACCAUUCUGCCGUGGCUUUGCUACGCGAUGGUCGGGUUCUAGUUGGUGGUAGCAAUCCCAAUAGGCUUUAUGAAUUUACAGGAGUCUUAUUUCCAACAGAAUUAAGUUUGGAAGCUUUCUCGCCAUCGUACUUGAAUCCAGAAUAUGCAAAUUUGCGUCCGAAGAUUAUUCUACCCGUUUCUCAAACCAAGAUCGGGUACAACCAACGAAUAACGGUGCAGUUCAAAAUCACGGGUACGAUCAAUCAGAAUUUGGUCUCGGUAACGAUGGUUGCACCCUCGUUCAACACACAUUCAUUUGCCAUGAACCAAAGGCUGCUAGUGUUGGGUGCAGGGAAUGUGACUACAGUAGGAGUGUCAAGCUAUGAAAUGGGGGUGAUGACUCCUGGUUCGGGUAUUCUUGCACCAUCCGGAUUCUACAUGCUUUUUGUGGUCCAUCAAGAAAUACCCAGUCUGGGUAUUUGGGUCAAUAUCCAGUGACAUCUCUCUACUGGUUCAACUAUGCCCUUGGGUCAUGCAUGGAUCAUUAUUUUUUAAUUUAUGUUAAUCUUUCCAAAACAAGAACUAAGAAGAGGAGGUUUUGGCUCUUUUUUAUUUUUACAGAUUUUCCUUGCUUCUUGUAAGGAUUUCUCUCAUAUCAUUAUAAUUGUAUUUGUUUA